AUGCCCAAUGAAACUGCCCCCGCCCACCGUCACACUGCUUUUGCCAUGCGCUUCAUUAUCGAAGGCAACGGUGGCUUCACUGCUGUUCACGGAAAGAGAAUUCAGAUGCAGCAGGGCGAUGUGAUCCUCACGCCUACUUGGAACUAUCACGACCAUGGCAAAGACGGGUCGGGCCCGAUGAUUUGGCUGGACGGAUUGGAUCUCCCCAAUUUCCGUCAUUUUCCCGUGCACUUUGUCGAGCAUUUCAAGGCCCCCCGGUACCCUGCCGAAGACAUCGAUACGAGCACAUCGCCUAUUGUGUUCCCGUGGAGGGUGAUGAAAGAGAAGCUGGACAGUGUCCCAGGGAAGUGGGCUACCCAGCGCUACCUUAGAGCUGAUGGGCGCGAAGUGAGUCGUGUCUUGGGAGGCUGUGCGGAGCGGUUGGAUGGAGGCAGCUCGUCCCCUUCUCGUCGUGAGACUACGUCGGCGGUCUACCAUGUAAUCACUGGAAGCGGUUAUUCGAUGGUGGGUGAGCAGAGGCUCACUUGGGAGAAGGGAGACACUUUUUGUGUCCCAUCAUGGUACAAGUACGAGCAUCAUGCGGACGCGGGUGAGACGGUCUAUCUGUAUCGCUUUGAUGACAAGCCCAUGAUCGAGGCCCUUGGUUUUUAUCGGACACAAGAGAUGGACGUCGAGAAGCUGGUGUCUGAAUAG